AUGUCGAGCAACAGCACGGAUGAUUCGAAUGAUGAAUCCUUUGCAAUGCGUCAAGCUGUUGCAGCAGCACUGUUUCCUGACGAAGACGAAGACACUGCAUUGAAGAAGAAGAAAGCACUUGAAAGAGCCGCAACCUGCAAGUCCCUGCAGCAAGAAAGUACGUCUUUUGCAGGUCCGCAGAGCCAGGAAAAGCACUUGACGGUUAGUGCGAGUACGUCAUCUGCAAAUCAGGACGGGAAGCAUGAACCUUCAAAGCAUCCCACCUGUGGCACCAAUCAGUCGAUUGUACCGGUAGGUGCGUAUGCUGGACCCUCUGAAACGAGCAAGUGUGAAGGAACACAGGGCAACUCGAGGCAUGUUGAGUGUGCCGGCAGUGACAAAUGUGUGCACGUGGAGACUAUGGACCAAGAAGAGAGUGAGGGUCAACCCCGUCUUGCCAUAGGCUUGGUCGUUCCAGGAGCCUACCAUGUGUCUCAUCCUGAUGCUAUUAGGCAUGAUGAUUGGUGGCAAGACGCUGAAGAUGCCGAAAGCAACAAUGAGACCCCAGAGGUGCAAGACCCUGCAAGCUUAGAGGGGCAGAUUGUCUUGGCUGGGACUCUCGUCCAUGAAACGAGCAAUCAGACCUUGACCACCCAAGAUGAAGAGCUUGGUGUUCUCCAUGCCAGUGAAGAGCUGAUUGAUGGUGUCAAAGAAGAGACAUCUACGCAAGAACGUCAUCGGUCUAUCGUUGCUAUGACUUGCAUUUUCAUCUUAGUGCUCGUCAUUCUGAUCAUGAUUCUAACCCUCGCCGGAGCACUUCAAUCAGGCUCACCCUUUGACCAGGAAGCUUCUGGCAAUGCCAGCAGUGUGGCUUCUGACAAUGCCACCACAGCACCUAUCCAAGGAAGUGUGCCAGGACACAUCAAUGCUACCGAAGACAACGGCAAGAUGACCACAAUCGAGCAAAUUCAAAAACAAGGAUACCUGCCUUGUGCCUAUCAAGAGUUCAUGGGAGUCAUGUAUAAGGAUAAGAGUGGCAAAGCUGUUGGGUUUGCUGCAGCAUACUACUACGCCGUUGCGGCUGCGUUGGGAGUGGAAGUCAAGUUUUUUCCCAAGGACGAGCCCAAUGGAAUGUCUGAGCUUUUCUGGACCAGAUCUCAUACCAUGGAGCUUCAAGUCAAGGAGUCACUCUCCUUCACCACACCAAUAUCGUAUGCUGGGCUUCAAAUGGCUGGCGAUCCCACAAUGAUUGAGCACUGUGUAGACAAGGGCCUGAGACACACCGGGAACUGUCCACUCUGCGGGUGUUCCACAGCCUUCACUGGCCUAGUUGAAGGUGUUUGCAAUGUGGUGGCAAGGGACAGCUUCUUUGUGGCUCCCAUGUUUGCCCAGAUAUCAGGUUACGAUGGACCCUAUGCCAUCAGUGAUACAUUCUUCUCAAGGGAACCGGUUGCCUUUGCUACUUCCAGCAAAGACCCUGAGUUCUCUAGCUUGGUGAAUGGUGUUGUGGAAGCUCUCUACGUGGCCGAACAGCUCAACAUAUCGAAAGAAACAGCAGACAAGUUCCCUCUGACAACAGCAUUUGGCCCUGACCAACAAGACACUUUCCAAAAAGUUAUUCGCGAAGUUGGAAACUAUGCUGACGUCUAUGCUUUCCUUGAAAAGCUAAUGCCGCGGGCAACCCUCAACAAUGUCAAUGGAGGUGAGACUGGAUUGAUGUUCUCUCACCCUUUUGGCGAAUCAUAUGAAACAAGAGGAGCACCUCUUGGGCCUACCCUUGAGAGUGUCCUGGAAAGAGGCGUCCUCAGGUGUGGCAUCAGAACCAACAGGAGCGGUUUUGCCCGUGGGGAAGGACCCACCUACACUGGAUUAGAUGUUGAUUACUGCCAUGCUCUUGCUGCUGGUUUGUUUAUGGGGGACUCCGAUGCAAUAUCCUUUGUUGAGCUGGUGGAUACUGUUGAUGGAUUCCGAGGGUUGGCAGAUGGAAGCCUGGAUGUUUUUGCAGGGGCACCAUGGACAUUCGAAAAUGAUUUCAAGGAGCCAUCUACUGGUCUAGGCUUUGCCUUUUCACAAGCAUACUUCUAUGGCUACAGUGAAGCUGAAGACAGCAUUUGUCUGGCAACCAUGCAAGAUGAUCAUGAUUGGAGCUCUUUUGUGUACUGGACCGUGGCAGCAACAGUUCAUGCUGAGGAGAUGUUGUUGAAUAAGACAACCUCAAAUCAAAUGCCAAUGGUGGGGCUCUUUGGAUCCAGCCACCAGCGCAUGUUCAGGGAUGCAAUUCUAGCGGUUGGCAGUUAUGCUGACAUGUAUGAAAGGAACUUGCAAGCCGUUGUCCCUCGUGAGGGACGAAACUUCCUUAAUAAAGGAUCUCACGCUGGGCCUCAGCACUAUGCUCCUGUCGAUGGAUUCUGA